AUGAAAUCACAAAAAACCAUUAGUAUUCCCACUCCAACUCCAAAACGAUCAUCAAGAAAUACCUCAUCCGAUGAUGACGAUGAUGAUGAUUCGGAUUCAUUGACUUUUAGUAGAAAUCGUAAUUAUGGACCAACAUCAUCCUCACUCAACUCUUCCCUUUUCAAAAACACCUUACUCAAUAAUAGAGAAGCCUAUCAAAAACACAAAUUACCUUCCCUUACCACCACAACAGCUCCCUCUCUUCCCAAAACACAACAAAAAACCACCAGAUCUGCCUCAAUAACAACCAACAAUAGAAAACCAUCUCCUUCCCUUCUUCAACCUCCUAUUUCUUCGAGUUUGCUCACUCCAAACUUUCUAAGCAAUACCAAUAAUUUAAAAGACAGCGAGAAGUUAUUACUUGAUUUUGUUCAAGUAUAUGAAAAACAACAAUCUCUCAAAAGUGCAAGUAGUGCCUCUAAUUCAUCAGAUAAAUUGAGUGAUGAUGAAGAUCCUUAUUUAAUUCUUUCUUCAUCAUUCAAUCAAGGUGGAUGGGAACACAGCUAUUCAAAAUUAGAAGAAGAAAUAUUAGAAAGUCCAACAAUUACUGAUCCAGGAAAUUAUAGUCAGAGCUUUCAUUCAAUUUCUGAAAUUUCUAAAAACAAGCAAAAUAAGAGAAAUUGGUUCAGAUUCAUGAAAAUGGAAGGUGAUUCACUUGAAGAUUGUUCUGAUGAUGAAUCAUCUGCUCCACAAGUUGACAAAAAGGAGAUUCUUCUUUUAUUCUUGCUUCAACAUGCUGCCAAUCAGUUAAAUCCUGAUAUGGGAUUCUUUGUAUCAUUAUGUAAACAUUUGACACAUCUAGGAUACUUUUCAAAUAGAAUGACAGACGAAUCAUUCAUCAAAACUCUAUGUAAAGAUUUCAUGGAAGAUAUUACAAACAUUUUCCCAGUAUCAGCACUUGAGGUAGAAGAAACUAAUAGAGGCAUAGUUAGAUCAGAAAGUUAUUCUUCCUAUCUAUCUGAUAUUCCUCAUUCUCCAGGUGCAAAUAGAGAGUUCUUUGGAGCUCUUGAAAGCUCACCAGUUAUUGAUUCCAUGUUUUAUAAUGCAAAGAGAUUAGAAUCUGAUUAUCAUCAUUUUCAAAAACUUGGAAAGGAGAAACCAUACUCUUCUGUAAUUAAAGCCAUCCAUAAGAUAGAUGGAAGAGCCUAUGCCAUCAAGAAGGUUAAAUUUCACUUUUCAAAUACUUUUGAGCUGGAACAUGUGUAUUCAUAUGUUGUAAAUGAGAUCAAAAAUCUUGCUAAAUUAGAUAACGAGAAUAUUAUUAGAUAUAACUCUGCUUGGUUCGAACCUUAUAGAGACAACUCUUUACCAUCACCCAGUGAGAAGAAUUUAUCAUGUUCUCAUCCAGAAUGUGGUUCUCCAAUAUGGAGUGAUUCAUAUGUAAAUAGUCUUAAUAUAGAAAAUGACUUGAAAAAUGAAAGUUUGGAAUCCAAGGGUAAGAAGACGGAUGUCGAGUUUGAGUUUACUCCAAAGAGAAAACCAGAUAUACCACCAUCUCCUCCUCCUUCAAUGUCCUACUUUGAAUUUGCUCUCAAGAGAGGAAAAGAAACCUCAAAAAGAAAGAGUGAAAGUAUUGAUAGUACUACACGAGAUAUAACAUCUAAUGUAAAGUCAAUGCUUCACGAAAUGUUCAAUGUGAAUAAUCACUUUGAAAUGGUACUUUAUAUUGUUAUGCAACUUUGUGAAGGAACAACUCUUGAGAAUUGGCUAUUGCAGUCAGAAAAGAAAAAGAAUAGAAAGACCAACCUUAUUGACAUUUUGAAAAUAUUCAAAAGAAUUGUCAAGGGAGUCUGUCACAUUCACGAAAGAGGUCUUGUUCAUAAUAAUUUGAAACCAAACAAUAUCUUUGUAGCUUCAAAUCAUAGAAUCAAAAUUGCUGACUUUGGUGUUGCCAAAUACUUACAGGAAUGCUUGCUUAACCACAAGAAAUGUAAGAACAAAGAAUCUUCACCAAAUAGAAAGAGAUCUCAUACAUUUAGCGAGCAAGGAUCUCUUUAUGCCAGUCCAGAACAAAUCUUCAAUCAAAAAUUUGAUCAAAAGGGAGAUAUUUAUUCAUUGGGAGUUAUACUUUUUGAGUUGAUAUCUCCUCCAUUUGUAACUACUACAGAGCGAGUUCAUGUUCUUUCACAACUUAGAAAACGAGAAAUAUCAGAAGAAAUGCUCAAAUCUUUCCCAAGAGAAAUUGAGAUAAUUAAGCAAUGUUUAGACAAACCUAACAAUAGGCCAACUGCUCCUGAACUCCUUCAGAAGGUAACAAGAUUGAUCAAAGCUUACAAGAUUGAAGGUAGAUUCUCCUCCUCGGGAGUAUUUAAACACACAAAUUCUAGCAGUAAUUUGCACUUUCCUUCUUUUGAUACCAUACGAGAAAAGAACAAAAUUAUUGAAGAGCAACAACGACAAAUUGAGUUACUGAAAGAACAAUUAAGAAAACAACAACAAUAA